CCUUCCCACGCCUCUGCCUUCUAUCCCUUCUGCGGUUGCUCUUCAUGCCUUCUCUCAGCGUAUCUGCAGACAGUUCUGGCACAUCCCCUUCUGUUAAUGUCCGACACCUGUAUUGUGUGCUUAGGAGACCUUGGCGAAAGCGCCAGCGAUCCUCUUGCCGUCGUCGCCGGGGCCGCGCCAAGACUUGACCUGGGGGCAGAAGGCAAGUCCGCGGACUCCUCCAUCAAGGCAAAUGGCGUAGAUGGCUCCGAGGAUUCAGGUCAGAUCGCCCAGCUGCUUCCUUGCGGGCAUAUCUUGCAUAAUAACUGCUUGAAGCCCUGGGUCGAACGGGCCAACAGCUGUCCCAUAUGCCGCCGCAGCUUCAAUAUCGUCGAGCUGAGUGACCGACUCGGAGGUCCCGUGAUUUCUUCCUACAAUGUCCAGGACCGGGUGCAAGUGGCGGAGGUCGAUCCCUCGAUGCUCAUCGAGUAUGUCGAUGAUGACUUCGCCGAUUUCCAACCCUGCCCGAUCUGCGGAGAGGCAGACAAUGAAGACCUUCUCCUCCUUUGCGAUGGGUGCGAUGCUCCCUCCCACACAUACUGUGUCGGCCUCGACACCAUACCCUCAGGGUCCUGGUACUGCUCUCGGUGCGAGAAUCAACGUCGGCUCGGACGCUCCCCUGAGACGGCCGAUAGACCUCGGCCACAGGAGAGGCGUGGCCGUCGCACCCGAGCGCAGCUCCGGAGUAUGCAGAGCAACAACCAAAUGAACUCUCUGCACUGGGCCCGUGUGUGGCAAUCUGUUUGGGACCAUCUCAAUCUUGACCUCGACUUUCCCUUCGAUGACGACAGGGUCGCUGAGCGUGCUCGACAACAGCAACGGCGGGACGAGGCCAACCAGCGAGAGUUCCGAGCCUGGCAGCGUCGCUUUGAAGUUGCUGAGCGACAGGGCGGUAGCAAUCGGUUCCGAGACACUGCCGCCCUGCUGGACAUCGAGGCCCCUCGCCCCUCACGGCCCCGCGUGCCGCGAGAGCCCACGCCUGAACCCGAGUCCCUCGAGGAAAUGAGAGCCUGGAACGCUUUUGAGCGGGCGCGCGAAAUCGAGAAUAAUCCCAGCGCCGCGCGCAAACGCAAGGAGCCUACUAUGUCACCGUCGCCCGAGCCCACUGAACCUGAGCGCAAGCUCAAGCGGCCUCGGACUCGCAGGGCCCAAGACUUGGCGGCACGUGCCACCCAGAACGGCGAGUCAUCGAGGGCUGCUAGUGCGCAGGCCUCUGCUCGCAUCAAUGCUGAAGGCUCGAGCGAACCGAGCUUUCUCCAAUCUCUUCUGAAAGAGGUCGAGGACUCGUCCACUCCGAACGGGAUCAUCUCCCAAGGUCUUUCUGCGCAGUCGUCCAUUGCGCCCACUGACCACGGCACUCCCGGACCCUCUUCCCCUUCCAUCUCGCCUGCUCCCUCCAACCAUUCCUCCCCGGUUUUAUCCUGUACCACGCCGCCACCGUAUUCCCGCAGCAGGCCCAUUUCUCCCCUUCAACUCGGGUCGCCAACUGACCUCUCCUCCCCACCCUUCUCACCCGAUGUAUCUCCCGCCGGUUCUGCUCGAGAUGCUGAUGGAGAACUGCCGUCACGCAUCCCGCUGGGCCUCCGGAACCGUCGGGUCCCUCGGUCUUGGACCCGGUCGGCAGUCGUUCGGUCGAACGACAGCUCACCGACUCGUCCCGGCCCCUCCCUUAAUGUCAAGUCCGACAUUCAGAAAUUAGUCGGCACGGCGCUCAAACCCUUCUAUCGCUCGAAGAUCGUGACCAAAGACGAAUAUACAGACAUCAACCGAACGAUCUCUCGCAUGCUAUACGAGCGAGUGGGAGGUGUGGAAUCCAUCGAAGCCGACGCCAGGGCCACCCUCGAGGGUGUGGCCAUGGACGAGGUCGGCAAAGCCGUGGAUGCGUUGAAGCAACGCAAAGAAGUGAAUGACCCUAUCGACGACAGCUCUUGAUUCAUGACUAGCGUAUUGCAUUUGCGGGCGUUUUGCAGCCAUUGAUCUGGUUCUGGGACGGACAAGCGAUUCGGCGUUUCUUUUUGUGACUACUCGUCGGCGGGAUCUCGCACGGAACAAUGUUUGGAUACCCAUUCAGGAAUCUACCGCCGGUAGGGAGGCUCGUGUCGGGCGCAGCAUACCGCAGCAGUAUCUUGCAUUUCAUAUAUAGUGAUGUGAUGGCGCUGGUUCUAUUAAUUAAUGCAUUUGCUGGCUGGAUUGCCGGCACAUCCUGGGCGAUUUGCCUGGUGUUUAUG